UUAUAUAACUUUAGUUUCCUUGAUGAUGCUGAUCGUAAGUGUGGAGCCUCACUGAUUGUCUGUCAUGGUAUGUGAACCCGGUAGUGAUGGAGAAAACAGAUACUGCUAAAAAACUAUACACAUGGAUGCGACUUUGGGAUUUCCCAGACCAAUAUAUUGUUGAGCCUACUGAUGGUUCUGGUGGUUCCAUUUUGCAAGUUAGUAGGGUGGAUGGGUCUAUGAAACUCAUUGAUGAUGUUCCGCAAUGCACUUCUGUUCGAGGGCCAGAUAUUCAGACAAUAUAUGGUGUGUCUGGGAUGAUAAAGUUGUUAGCAGGCAAGUUUCUACCAAACUGAUGUAAUAACAUGUAAAACAUAUUCAUGAGUUAAGAUCUGGUAUGAAUGUCUCUAUCUAGUGUUAGCUUCAUCCCUCUACAGAUUUGAAUCAGCCUAACUUUUUGAACUUGAUUGGUGACCUUGUUUAGACGUCUUUA